AUGGCAGCGACCCACGACACCUCUAGCGCCGCCGAGUGGAUGGCGCCGGCAUCUCGACCGGAGCACGUCGAGCAGCUCAUCUCUGGCGUUGACCGGUACAACCCGCAAAACCUCGAGAGCCUGCACGAGUACCUCGCACAGCAGCUCGACAACGGGACAUACGACCUGCUCGCCAACCUUGCCAUCCUGAAGCUAUACCAAUUCAACCCGUCCGACUUCAACUACGUCGUGGUCGUCAACAUCUUGCUCAAGGCGCUCGUCGCCGCGCCCUUCCCGGACUUUAGUCUUUGCCUGUCGUUGCUGGGCGAGGCGCCGCUGCCGACGGUGCCCGUCAAGAACACGGAAAAGGAGGCGGGCGAGGCCGGUGAAGAGGGCGCCGCCGCCGUCGAGGCUGAGAAGGAGGCCGACGUGCCGUCGGCGGGCCACCUGACCGACCCGCUGCUGGUGCGGCUGUCGCAGCUCAACACGCUCCUCUUCCAGGCGCGCUUCCGCGACUUCUGGAGCACGCUCUCGAGCGCCGAGUUUGAGGACGUGCGGGAGUACGCCGCCAAGAUCGCCGACUUUGACAAUGCGGCGCGCAAGGUGGCGCUCAACAGCGUCAAGGGCGCCUUUACCUCGAUCAGCGAGAAGCGGAUCGGCAGCUACCUCAACCUCUCGGGCGCCGAGCUGGCCGACUUCAUCGCUGGCCAGGACGGCUGGAAGCUCGAAAACGGCACCGUCAAGGUGCCCGCCAACCCGGACAAUGAGAUCAAGGCCACCGUCAUCCGCGAGGAGAUUACGCUCGACUCGAUGACCAAGCUUCUCUCGCAGGCCCAGCCGCCGAUCCUGCAGCAGGCGUGA